AUGGCCUUCACACUCAGUGAGCUUCCAACUGAAGUUUUACAUCAGAUCAUAUCUUAUUUGCCCCCCUCUUCUGUACCUACCCUCCAGAGAGUUUCCCGCAAGUUCAAUGAUUUCCCACAGCCUCUUCUGUGGCGUGACCACUGCCGUACCCACUUCAAGUACUGGAGCCCCGAACAUAGUUUACAACAAAAGCUUUCGGGAGCUGUCAUUGAGACGGACUGGAAGAAGCUCUUCUCCGACCGUUAUAGCAUUGACCGUUCAAUAACGCGCGAUGUUGACGGCAUCCUCGCUAGUCAGAGGAAUAGGAUUGAAAAGGCUGAAAGGAUCAUGGGUCAUGGCUACGAUGCAAAGGAUGCUUUACUCCGACAUCUGAAUGUCGGCGAUCAUGCUGAUGAUGUUCUGGCCCGAAGGUUUUAUAGCGACGCCGUUCUUGGGGGCUUACAUCGAAGCAUGGCGGUUAGGGAGUGGGCAAAGCUUAACGAUGGGGAUGUGGUGCCGCUGGAGAGAGCCCUUGCUGCCUUCGACAUGUUUGUCUUGCACGAAAGAGACGGCGAUUUCCAUGAUGUGGCCACUCGUCUUGAUGGUAUUGCACAGCAAUAUUGCAGCGAAAACCCAGAAACUAUGGAUCAAUCGCCACAACAAAAAGCCAUCGCGCUCGCAGAAUUCUUGAGACAACAUGAUUUGACGGGCAUCAGUGGCAAUUCUCAUUACCACGAUCUGCAAAACAACUUCAUUGGCAUUGCCUUGCAGGAUGGACCCCACCCAUCUUUACCUCUCGUAUCAGUGGCAAUAUACUGCUGUGUGGCGCAAAGACUUGGUAUUGACGCCCAGCCUUGUGGAUUUCCAUUUCACGUGCUUGCCAUCAUCAAACCAUCCCCGGGUCGCACAUUGGAUGGAAGACAUACGGACGCUGGUACAUCAUCGGAGCCAAUGUACAUGGAUCCCUUCAGAUCCAGCCAAGAAGUCUAUGUGAAGGAUCUUCGAGCUCAACUUCAGCGCCUAGGCAUCUCCCCAGCAAAUUUUCCAGAGUUGCUGGGUGCUUCGUCAACCGCUGAGAUCAUUCGUCGAUGUGCAAAGAACAUCAUUACUUCGCUACAGGCUAUUCCUCGUGACCACAGUGCGGGCCACUCUUACCCUGACGUGGAUGGCGCGUUCUACGCUGCGGUCUGGGCAGUACUACUCCUGCCAGAGGGUGGCACAAUCACAGCUGGCGCGCAACGUGCAAACUGUCUAAGUCACAUUACGGAGCUUAUAGAAAAGUAUUUUCUCACGGAUACCUGGCUGAUUGAAAAGUAUAUCCCUCCUUUGAUCGAGGACCGUAUUCAAUAUGAACAAUCACGAAAUACAAUUAGGGUUAUCCGCACAACUGAUCAUAUGCCCAAAACCGUCAAAGAUCGUACGUCAGACUCGGUGCGCAACGUCCAAUACAAGGUUGGACAAAUAUUCCAUCACAAACGGUAUCAUUACAAGGCUGUCAUUACUGGCUGGGACGUGGAAUGCGCUGCUACAGACGAUUGGAUGGCACAUAUGCGCGUACACGAGCUGCCAGGGGGCAAGCACCAGGGUUUCUACCAUGUGCUAGGUGAAGAUAAAUCCGUACGAUAUGUUGCCGAGGAAAAUAUUGCGCUUGUGCAGGAGGACCCUGGCAAAGAUCUCAUGGUUUUAGCGGGUCAGCAUUUCAAGCGAUGGGACAGGACAAAUGGGAUAUUUGUCAGCAACAUUAAAGACGAAUAUCCAGAUGAUUAG